AGGAGCCCUGCCUCGGCAGCUCUCUGAAGAAUGCUGAGAAGCGACAGUUGGAAAAAGGCGGGAAAACAGCAAAGAGGGUUGGGGAUGGAAAAUGGCUGGAGCAGAAGGAGAAAAUCGUAGCAUCACUAUGGAGGGAAAUGAUCCCGAUCCCUGGGACUUUUCAUCAAAAAUGGAGGAGAUACUGUCACUUGUGAAACAAAUGCAGAAUGUCGAGAGUUUGGAGCCAAGAAUUGAAGACCUAGUUAAAAGGAUCAAUACAUUGCAGCAAGCCAAGAAGUUAUUAAGUGAGGAGCUUUCCAAGGCAAGUGAACAUAGCAAGUCAUUGCAGAGGGAACUGGAAAAAUUAAAUGCUGAAAAGUCAUCCCUUGAGGAAAUAUGGAAUGAGAAGAAAGAGACCCGAAAAGUUUUGCAAUUUCACUGUGAAGAGACAGAAAUCAAGAGGCAAUGGCAACAGAAAUUGAACCGAGAGUGUAAGCAGCGGAUUGAGGCAGUCACAGCUAAGAUCCAGGCAGAGAAACGGAAGCAAAGCAAACAGAGAAUGGAAUUUGAGCAGCUUCUUGAGGAGUUAAUGGAGAAGCACAAGAGGCUUUGGGAACUUUAUUCUAGGGAUCAACCGGUGGCUGACAUGAAAGAAAGUAAGGAGCGUUUGCUGAAGGAAGAGAAAAUGCUCCAGGAGAAACUGACCAGUAUUCAAGACGAACUGGAUUUGCUGACCCAGACUACCUUAAGUGAGGAGAGAAACUUCUUGAAGAGCAAGGAGGCUGUAGCUGCCCUAGAGCUCUUUGAAGAAGAAAACAAGAAAGCAAUUGAAUAUCUAGAACUGGCAUCUAAAUGCAACUCGAGUUUACAGGAGAAAUGCUGUAGAUUAAAAGCGGAACUGGAGGACAUGCAGAUGGAAAUGGAGAAUGUCAGCAUUGAUGAGAAUUAACAUGAUUCAUGUGAGCUGGAGAAGCCUUGCUUUGAAGAAAAAUCCUUAUCUCAAUGGAAUGGUUCAUUUCGAACUUAACAAAGCAUUCAUGAAAAAAUCCUGUUCCUUCUCCGGUUAAUAGUAAUUAAUAUACAUAUUCAUUCAGAUCUUAGCAUUUGUUGUGCCAAAGACUUUACUAUAAAAUCAUAUUAAAAGGAACCACUGAUCCAAAAUUCAAUUGUAACUUCAUUAACAGAAAAUCUUGAUGUUUGCUUGUUACAUCAGUUGAAGCAUAUUUUAUUUCAGUUGUCUGUGUCCAAAUAAACAGAUUUAACAGGUUUUUGAAGGACCAAUCAGGUUUUUCAUUGGAGGAGAUGAUAAUGGUACAGAAAAGUGAAUGUGUAAGUUAUAGUUAGUGUUAUCUCUGUUGGGCAUCAGUUAAACAGAAGGGGACUUCAUACUAAAUUUUUGGAUUUGUAAUUCUGCGCUCAAGAAUUUUGUGAAACUUUCUAACAAAAACC